AUGGAAUUUGAACAAAUAACUGCAACAUCUAUAAAUAAUAAUAAUGUUAAGAACACUACAACCCAAUUUUUCAAAGUUUAUAUACGAAUAUGUCAAUUUUCUAAAUCAUCAGAUCAAUAUCCUGGUAGCACAAUAAUCCGAUCGAAAAAUAGCAAAGAUCUUGCUUUUUAUUUCAAAUUUAAUGAAGAAACAAUAUCUAUUUGUUUAAAUUCAAUGAAGGAUGAGAUGGUGAUACCGUUAAAUCAAUUGUACCUCCGACGUGAAGAAUCAAAAGUAACCUUUAAAAAAAACAAAGAUCCUACAGGAGGUCUAUUGGCUGGUACUCAUUCUAUUUUAUUGACACCUUAUAAUGAGUGUUGUCCUGAAGUUUUAUUUAUAAUCGAAGCUGGAAUAAAUAAAUUGUGGUUUGAUCGAUUUGGAAUUGUUAAUGAAUUGAAACUAAGUGCUAAUUCUCCAUCGUUAUCCAUUUCUUGUUAUUUGCCACAUCAAACAAGAGCGUUAUUAUUAUUUCCUAAAAAUGAAAAUUUUUUUCAUUUCGUCGUUUACAUUAAAGGAAGAUUUAAAUAUCCUCUAAAAAGGCUAAAGUAUAAAACAAGAAAAGGAGAUAUUGUUUCCUUAAAUGAUGAAAAGGAUUGGGAAUUAGCAAAAGGUUCCGCUAUUACUAAAAAUAAUAUUGAAAUUUAUAUUGAAUAG